AUGGACAACCUCACCGACCAUCUGAGCAUUCGAGCCGCAUCAUCACGUACCAUUUGGACCUUCGAGCCGAACGAUCAAGCAAGAACGAGCGAUCUUACUGAGGACUUCAUCAGAUUACUCCACAUCAAGACGUCUACAUUAUCAAAACUGAACCUUGGGCAGCAGCAACGCAUAGUGGGAGACCUGGACAGACGAGACACCUCGCUGAUCAACUCCGAGAAUACAGCGCAUAUCGGUACGACCACCAGAUAUCCUAUCCUACCCCUAUCCUGUACUUGUGUUCAUUAUUGUGGUAAACAUCUAUUGCAGUGUCUGAGACGCAGUGAGUUACCAGUGUUGCACAACAGAGCAGUUUGCCGUCAGCUAGCAUCUGCUUCUACUGUUUCAUACACAAAGGCAGAUUUGCAGUUAAGAAUCCAAAAUGCUGCAAAUCUGUUCUCUGAGUUUAACAACCUUCAGUCUAAAUUAGAAGAACUAGUUUUAGAAGUAGAUUUAGACGAACAAAUCGAACAGAGAGGUCAGUUUGAAGACAGUUAUUUCAACACACUGUCUCAAGCUGAAUGUAUGCUCAGUGGAGAAAAUGACACAUCAUACUCUAAAUCAUGCCCCAAUUCUAACGAUUCCUUAAAAUUUCCCGUUAUUUCGGUACCUACCUUCACAGGCCUCAGCGAUCAGUGGCUACAAUAUAGGGACAUCUUCUUAUCAUUGGUACAUAAUAAUACGAAUAUAAGUAGCAUUCAAAAGUUUCACUAUCUAAAAUCAUCGUUAAAAGGCACUGCAGCUAUGGUUCUCGAUUCGUUGGAAUUUUCAGCUAAUAAUUAUUCGGUGGCAUGGGAACUACUCUUAAAUCGGUUCAAUAAUAGUAGAUUAUUAAUACAUAACCACGUAAAGGCAUUAUUUACUCUUCAGACCGUGACUAAGGAGUCGCCAGAUCAAUUGCGAUAUUUAAUCGACAAUAUUUUAAAAAAUCUACGCGCAUUAAAACUAUUAGGCGAACCAGUCGAUAGCUGGGAUACACUAAUUAUAUACAUAAUCGUAUCUAAAUUAGACAAAAUAUCUGAACGCGAAUGGGAACAAUAUAAAAUCACAGUUUUAAAACUUUCUGGUAACUCCGAAUCGCGAUUGACGGUAGAUACAUUAUUAGCAUUCCUAAAAGAUCGGGCCGACAUGCUAAAGUUCGUCAGUGAAAAUAAAUUAUGCGACAACUGCUUGCGACCGGGGCAUCGCCCGAAUGAAUGCAGGUUCGGUGGAUGUAGGAACUGUAACAAAAAACAUAACUCAUUGAUUCAUAAAGAUAGUGAAGUUUGCAAUUUGUCACCGGUAAGCGAACGGAACACAGCUGCAUUAUCUAUGCACUCUUCAUUCACCGAGGCAGGGGAGCGCCCCGCAGCCGCCGUCAUAGGUACCGAUCUUAACAUUAACGAGCAUUCACGCUUAUCUACGCACACUAAUACAUUAUGCGCUCAGUAUCCCUGUAUGCAACCAGUUCUUUUAUCGACAGCGUUAGUCGAUGUUUAUGACAAAUAUAAUAAUAUUCACACCGUUCGCGCGCUUUUAGACUCGGGUAGCGAGCGAUGUAUUAUGACGCAAUCUUUAUGCGAUUUACUAAAUUCACCAAUUAUACAGUCCACUCAAGAAAUUCGUGGGGUUGGUAAUUCGAUAACACAAUCGACAAAGAUGUGUGAUAUUGAAUUGAAAUCCCGUAUUAGCUCAUACACUGCGUGCAUUCGAUGUAUUGUAUUGCCGCAUUUAACAUCUACGUUGCCAGCGAUACCGAAACAAUGCGCGCAGUUUCGUAUCCCUGACAGUGUGCAACUAGCAGAUCCGCACUUUUGUGAACCCCAGAAUAUAGAUAUUUUAAUAGGCGCAGAUAAAUUCUGGGAUUUAUUAAGUAGUGGUAGAAUGCGAUUACCUAACGGUCCGUUUUUGCAAAAUACACGACUAGGCUGGAUUAUAUCGGGUUCUGUAGGUGUAAACACGCAGAAUACCGGUCAAAUCCAGUGUAAUUUUACACACGUUACCGAUACUCAAUCACAACAAUCUAGGGAGCUUGAGAAAGUCACUAAGUCAUGUGAUAACAAAAAUAGACGCAAACUGAUGACCAGCGAGAGUGCGAAAAUCCUAUCAUUAAAACUACGAUGCGAAAUAAUGAUGGAAGGUUUUGCGUUCGCAUUCCUCUCAAGUCAUCACCACAUGAAUUAG